UCCGUGAACGUGGUGGUUGGCAUGGAAAACAAGAGGCUUGGAGAGGGGUGUGCUGCAGCACCAGCUAGGGGAGAGCCCACCUGCACAUGGGCCUCUUUGCGCAGGCGUAAUAGGUGUGUCCAGUUGCAUUGUGGGGGAAGGGGGUGGAGUUUCGUAGGGUUCUUUAUUACUUGGCCGCAGCGCGAGGGAGGCGGUUGGUGGUGUUUGAGGUUGGUGAGGGCGAAGCUGCUGUAGCCAUGGAGGCCCCAGGUGGCAGUGCAGGAGGUACUGGUGGUGCAGAGGGGCAUGAAGAUGGCCAGGGCGGCCAUAGAAUCCUUGCUGGCCAGGGUGGCCCUGAAAUCCAGGAUGUCCUGGGUGUGGCUGCUGGCGUUGGUGCUGAGCGUGCCAAUAUUGGAGGUAUUCCACACGUUGGGCUGGUACCUCUUGCCAGAGCCUUGCCUGUGGCCAGAAGGCAGGGUAGGCACCUGCAUGAAUUCACCCUCAGAGUACCUUUCCUGUGUCCCAUAGAAGCGGAGGUUGCUGAACGAUCCCUGGCUACUUAUGAAGAACACCUUGCCGUUCACAGAGAGUUCACAGUGGAUGGCAGCUUCCUGAUUGUUAGUUGGAUUGCUGAAGACCCUCGCAGCCUCCAGACUUCAUUCACCUCCUUUCUUGACCACCUUUCCCAGCUGUUGCGAACCAUGCAGCACUUUGGGCCACUGUUUCCUCCUGCAUCUCUGCUAGGAAAAGGGGGCUGAAUCCUCAUGUCCCAGGUCAGACAGUGUAUAUUUCCCUAGGACUUUGAUUUCUGGAUUGAUUGCCACUUUAUUCUUGAAGCCUAGUUUUUCUGCUUACACUUGUCACUUGCUUUGUUACGCAGUUGUUGGAGGGGGAACACAAGUAAAUGUUUAU